AUGAAGUAUUUACAGUCUUUGGCUUCUCUGGGUUGGAAUAUCGACACUUUAUGGUGGGUAGAACUGACUACAAACAAAAAAAUGAGCGUUAUUUGUGCAUUUAACACUGAAAGUCUGAAAUUGCAUAGUAGUAAGGUUUUACUGAAGCAGUGGAAAAAGGACGUAGAACAACUUCUUUAUCCAUCAUUCCUAACAGUUAUUCCACUUCCAAAACUGUCCAGUGUUCCAGUCCUUCCAACUUUGAUUAAAAAUGAUCUACCUGCGCAGCCUAAAAAAUUAUUAUGUUUAACCCCAAUAAAUUUGCUUGCAUUCUCCCAAUUUGCUAUUUAUUUUCAAUCUUCUGUUUAA